AUGAAUGGUGAUGGCCAGCAGCAGGCAACAUCAUCCAGUGCGGCUCAAUGGUCGCAACCGGCGUUGGCCGAUAUCCUGACGGCGCUGCAGAUGCAACUGAUGCGAACAGUUGCCGAUAGUCCACGAAUGAUGGCCGAACCAUCUCCUGUGCUUUCCGUCGGCAAUCCGCUGGUGAACACUCUGCCGCCGCCAAUCAACGCCUUACCACCCAAUCCGACACCGUUGUCAGUUCCGCCCGCAGCGAAUCCUUUGCUCCACUCCUAUCAACAGGUGCUCAAUCCAGCUUUUCUUGAACUGCAGCGGCAACUAAUCGCUCAGCAAACUGCGCAAUUUCGGAUUCCGUUGCUGCCGACGCACUUGCCGUCGUCGAUGUCCUUGCCUUCACUUCGCCACGUGACGGCGACACUGCCACACCUCGCAUCUCUACCGAACACGGCUUCGACGACGUUACCAGCAAGGCCUGUGCCGAGGAAACUGGCACCGCCGACGGUAGUGGUCAGUGCGACCAGCACCCCUCCAACAGGAUCGAAUGGCGCACACUUUGCGAUACCACAAGAUCCGAUAGUAAGAAAGCCGACAUUUCCACAAAGUCGUCCGAGUACAUCGGACGAUUUGGAGGCCUCGACGUCGACUAACACGAAAUCGCCGGAGUUUGAAAUGGGUCGACUGCCGACUCGAAACUAUAUUCCGUCGCAUUUCAUGAAAGGCACCAUGAUUCAGAUGGCCAGCGGAAAGUUAAAAAAGGUGGAGGAGAUGUCAUCGGAUGACUUUCUAUUGGCCGCACCACUUACUGGUGAGUUCAACGUCGACGCCAGUGUAGUGGUGGAAAUUGCCAAAGCGUCAUCAUUGGCUCGGAUUAAAUUCUCAGUCGGACAAUCGCAGUACGAGGCUACGCUUGAGCCUCAACUGGAACAUCCGUUUUUUGUGCUUGGAAAAGGUUGGUGUUCAUGCGAUCCGCAUCGUACUGCUGAGACUUACGGCUUGGAGUGUCAAGAAUUGAAGGUGGGUGAUGUAUGCAUUUCGUUGUCGAGACGAUCGCAAGAAAAUGCGAAGCAGCUCGACGAAACGGUGACGCUGGCUGAAGCCGCCGAAUUCAAGAAUAAGGAGGCCGCACAGGCGGCUAUCCGUGAACAGCUCACAAAGGAAAUGAGUGAAACCGAUGGUCGAAGUUCAGCGCCGCCAACGCGCUACCAUCCGUACGCGAAGAAGAUGCGCAAGGUGUCGGAGAGUUGA